AUGGCCGAGAUCCAGGCCAAGCUGCAAAAGCUUUCGGAGGAAUACACUGCGUUGCAACAAGAACUCCAGAACACCGUCCAGUCGCGGCAAAAACUCGAGGCACAAAAGCAGGAGAACCUUGGCGUGAAAGAAGAAUUCGAUAAGCUCAAGGAUGGCGAGCAGAUCUACAAACUCGUCGGCCCUGUGUUGCUGAAGCAGGACAAGAUAGAGGCCGAGAGCACGGUAAAGGGCCGUCUGGACUUCAUCACCAAGGAGAUUGAGAGACAUGAGGACCAGAUCAAGGACGUUCAGGGCAAGCUUGAGAAGAAGAAGGGCGACAUCAUCCAGCUUCAGACCAGCGCGCAGGCUGCGGCGGGUCAGGCGAAGCAGGCAUGA